CCAGUCCUUUAUACCAUUUCUUCUUUCCGUGCUCCAAAUGGGUGGGACUCAUGAUACUCACGCUCAUACGCGCCGUGAAGAACUGGCGGAUAAACUCAAGCCGUUUGUACGUUGUCCUGGUGAACCAUAACAUAUCCUAUUAUGCAUGCGGUUUUCUGUUCUCGGUUGCGAACAUCUUCGCAUCGCUGCUCCUCCAGUACUCCUACCAAACCAUUUUGUAUAAUUUCCAGUUCAUCAUGUUUCCAAUUCUUGCCACGCGCAUGCACCUCCAUCUCUGGCAGGUGAAUCAACAUUCACACGGCUCUACUAGCACCGGCGUGCAUGUUCCAAUGUCCGACAUCUCAUUUGCUAAUCCCACGGAGUGAUUGUCUUAUCCCGUGGCUUAUUCGGUGUCGUUCGUGGAGCGAGGUUU